AUGUCCUCCAGAGCCGAUGGACACUGGAAGCAACAACAACAGCAAAACACAUCGCCUCCUGUGCUUCUGCGCCUUGUUGUUGUUGGUGGUGGAGGUGUUGGCAAGUCCGCUUUGACAAUCCAGUUUGUACAGAGACAUUUCGUUAUUGACUAUGAUCCAACUAUUGAAGAUUCAUAUACAAAACAGUGCUUUGUCGACGAUGACAUCUGCAAGUUAGAAGUGCUGGAUACAGCAGGACAAGAAGAAUUCAGCACUAUGCGAGAACAAUAUUUGCGAUCGGGCAAUGGUUUUCUGCUGGUAUUUUCCGUAAUUGAUCGUAAUAGGUUUGGAUUUAUUAAUUUUGAUUUAAUAAAAGUUAAAAAUGAUUUUUUUGAGGAGGCAAUUCGUUUACAUAAACUGAUUCUCCGGGUAAAAGAUAGAGAUGAAUUUCCGAUGAUUCUUAUUGGUAACAAAGCUGAUCUCGACAGGGAUAGACUUGCAAGUUUUUAAAU